GGGCGGGAGGCGCGGGGGCGGGGUCGGCGCCGCGCGCGAGAGCCUCGGCCUGGCCGCGCUGCGCCCGCCGCCGCCGCCGCCCCCUCCCCGCCUGGGCCCUUCCGCCGCACGGUCCCGGCCCCCUCCCAGCCUGCCGCUCCGGAGAGCCGCCCGCCAAGGAUGCGACGCACCGCAGUGUUCUAAGAACGGAAGCAUCUGGGCUGGAUGGAAUUUAGCAUCAAGCAGAGUCCCCUUUCUGUUCAGAGUGUUGUAAAGUGCAUAAAGAUGAAGCAGGCACCAGAAAUCCUCGGCAGUGCCAACGGGAAGACUCCGAGCUGCGAGGUGAAUCGCGAGUGUUCUGUGUUCCUCAGCAAAGCCCAGCUCUCCAGUAGCCUGCAGGAGGGGGUCAUGCAGAAGUUUAACGGCCACGACGCCCUGCCCUUUAUUCCAGCCGACAAGCUGAAAGAUCUUACUUCCCGGGUGUUUAAUGGAGAACCCGGUGCACACGAUGCCAAACUGCGUUUUGAGUCCCAGGAAAUGAAAGGGAUUGGGACACCCCCUAACACUACCCCUAUCAAAAAUGGCUCUCCAGAAAUAAAGCUGAAAAUCACCAAAACGUACAUGAAUGGGAAGCCUCUCUUUGAAUCUUCCAUUUGUGGUGACAGUGCUGCUGAUGUGUCUCAGUCAGAAGAAAAUGGACAAAAGCCAGAAAACAAGGCGAGAAGGAACAGGAAGAGGAGCAUAAAAUAUGACUCCUUGCUUGAGCAGGGCCUUGUCGAAGCAGCUCUUGUGUCUAAGAUAUCAAGUCCUUCAGAUAAAAAGAUUCCAGCUAAGAAAGAGUCUUGUCCAAACACUGGAAGAGACAAAGACCACCUGUUGAAAUACAACGUCGGUGAUUUGGUGUGGUCCAAAGUGUCGGGUUACCCUUGGUGGCCUUGCAUGGUUUCUGCAGAUCCACUCCUUCACAGCUAUACCAAACUUAAAGGUCAGAAAAAGAGUGCACGCCAGUAUCACGUACAGUUCUUUGGUGACGCCCCAGAAAGAGCUUGGAUAUUUGAGAAGAGCCUCGUAGCUUUUGAAGGAGAAGGACAGUUUGAGAAAUUAUGCCAGGAAAGUGCCAAGCAGGCACCCACGAAAGCUGAGAAAAUUAAGCUGUUGAAACCAAUUUCAGGGAAAUUGAGGGCCCAGUGGGAAAUGGGCAUUGUUCAAGCAGAAGAAGCUGCAAGCAUGUCAGUGGAGGAGCGGAAAGCCAAGUUCACCUUUCUCUAUGUGGGGGACCAGCUUCAUCUCAACCCUCAAGUAGCCAAGGAGGCUGGCAUUGCCACAGAGUCUUUGGGAGAAAUGGCAGAAUCCUCAGGAGUCAGCGAAGAAGCUGCUGAAAACCCCAAGUCUGUGAGAGAAGAGUGCAUUCCCAUGAAGAGAAGGCGGAGGGCCAAACUCUGUAGCUCUGCAGAGACCCUGGAGAGUCACCCCGACAUAGGGAAGAGUACCCCUCAAAAAACGGCAGAGGCUGACCCCAGAAGAGGAGUAGGGUCUCCUCCUGGGAGGAAGAAGACCACAGUCUCCAUGCCACGAAGCAGGAAGGGAGAUGCAGCAUCCCAGUUUUUGGUCUUCUGUCAAAAACACAGGGAUGAGGUGGUAGCUGAGCACCCAGAUGCUUCAGGUGAGGAGAUUGAAGAGCUGCUCAGGUCACAGUGGAGUCUGCUGAGUGAGAAGCAGAGAGCACGCUACAACACCAAGUUUGCCCUGGUGGCCCCUGUCCAGGCUGAAGAAGACUCUGGUAACGUAAAUGGGAAAAAAAGAAACCACACAAAGAGGACACAGGACCCUACAGAAGAUGCUGAAGCUGAGGACACACCCAGGAAAAGACUCAGGACGGACAAGCACAGUCUUCGGAAGAGAGACACAAUCACUGACAAAACGGCCAGAACAAGCUCUUACAAGGCCAUGGAGGCAGCCUCCUCGCUCAAGAGCCAGGCAGCAACGAAAAAUCUGUCUGAUGCAUGCAAACCACUGAAGAAGCGAAAUCGGGCUUCCACGGCAGCAUCUUCAGCUCUUGGGUUUAGCAAAAGUUCUUCUCCUUCUGCAUCCUUAACUGAGAAUGAGCUUUUGUGGGAGCCCACACCAGUCAAGUUGGAUUUGAACCCAGCUGCUCUGUACUGCACUUAGAAUGAUGUAAUAUUCCAGGAUGCUGCUGCAGGUGGCGUAUCAUCGUACACACUCAGUGACAUUUCUAUCACAAUCAUUUUAUGGAAGAUGUGUGAUAAUCUGUUUUUACUGGUAUUAAUAAACACAUACAAUGAAGAAAACAGAUAACAAAUUUUAAGACCAAGGUAAGAUAACUAAUCAAGGCCAUUUAAUCAAUCACAUUCAUCUCAUAAUAGAAACACGUUCAUAUUCCAGUGGUCAAUGUAGAUUUCAAGUUGAAAGGCAGACCCUUUAGUUGGGGGCUGUCCAGAGCUGCAGCAGGGCCUUGCACGGAAGGGGUGGCCCUGUUAGAGUUGCUUCUCCUCUAGUUUGUAACUUACUGGAUUUUUGUGGAAAAUAUCAGCGUCGGUACUCUCAGAAACAAACUAACAGCACACGUUAGGAGGAGUCCUCAUCAGCUGUUCUCAUUGCCAAUGAGAUAUAUUCAGUAUUGUAGAUACUACACUAAUUUCCAACAUAAGAGGCAGGAAGAGUUUGAUUCUAUCCUUUUUUACUAAACAGUUUUAUUAUGACACUAGAUACAGUAAAUUUUUAGAAAAAAAUACCAUUUACAGUAUUAUUGUGAACCAUUUAACCCUUUUGAUCCAAGGACCCGGACCAAGGGGAUACUGUAAUCAGGUUAUUUACACCAACCGCUGCAUCAGUUGCUUCUAUAGAGCAUCAGCCCUCAUGUUUCAUUGUCUUAAUGUCGGGGGGCAGCCUGGUGUCCUGCCCCAGGUGUCCGCAUUUUUGCAUGGUGAGGAAAAGGCUUACUUACCUUCAGCUCAUAAAAGCAGAAGGUGUGCUAUUCACAGUACCAUGCGAGUAGCCCACAAUUCAUUCCCAGCAGAUUCUUUGGCUGUGUUUUAUCUUUAAUGAACGUUUCUGACUAAUAUUUUGUUGUAAACCAUUAAGUAAUGUAACGCAUGUAAGAUGCUUAGGGUGCCUGGCCAGGACUCCGUGGUUUCCUGUUGUGACAGUAAUAAUGGUUAUAAUAAUAAAAAUGAUAAAAUCGCCAUCAUUCUAUUUUUAUCCAAAAGUAUAAAUUUUGCUUUGGCAUGAAAAGUGGUCCUCUUGACUGCAUUAUGCAUGCGAGGAUGAAAUAAACCUAGAAGUGCAGAACACUGGAUUUGUGUGUGUGGCACUUUAGGGUGCUGGACUGUAUGGCUGAGGGCUGGUUGGGUUGCUCUAUUGGCUCUGCUCAAAUGUUGCAGGAUACAUAGCCCCAAAGAUGGUCUAGGAGCAAUCUAAGCUGUGUUACUCCAAAGGACAUGAAAAAGCUCAAGAGUAAAAUUAAAAUUCUCAAAAAAAAUCACGAAAUUUAAAGAUGGGAAAAAAAAGAUGGUAUAAAAAUGGCUCUGGUUCAGUAAGCAGUCACCCAAAGACUCUACCCUGAAAGGCUUUUGAUGAAAAUGAAGGGAUUUCAUUUGAAAUUACAGCAUGAUGAAUUUUGCGUGGGUGGCCAGCCAGCUAGCCCAUAACUGAUAGAUGCAUUAGAAGUCAGCCAGCGCACAGGUGCUCCUUCUAUAUUAUGGAGAAAGCGAAACCCUGCAAAUGACCAAAUGGUGUCCAAAGAGCAGCAUGACAUAGGUAUCAGCUGACUACCCAGGGGCACAUGGGGUAACAUGGACAGGAAUGACAGUGUUUCUCAGCGGGGGGCGGGGUGGCGGUGACAUUGUUCCCUGGGGACAUUGGGAAGGUGGGCAGGGGCAGGUGAACUCAGCACUCUGCAGUGAGAGGGACAGUCCCAUGUGUGGCGGCAUUGUUCCACUUCAGAUGCCAGGAGUGGACUCAUCAUAGAGGAGCAGAGUUUUCUGAGAGGACCAUCUCCUGGUUUCCUGAAGGAGGUGGGUGGAAAGGGCUCUUGUUUGAAAGAACUUAGGGAGGACCAUUGGCUUGCCAAGAGUACAGAAAUUCAUUAUGCUGCUAAUUUAACGUGGAAUUCCUUCAUUUCAUAAGAACCUCAAAAUAAUGGUGAUACAUUCUAGCCUUAAGACAUUUGAAUUGCUGGUUGUUGAGAUGAAUUUUGUUUGUCAUACAUGGAACCAUUUUAGUCCCAUUUGACUCGCUUCAGACCAUCUUCCACACACUGUGUCUGUGCCUGGCGAGGGGAGGUGGCUCUCUAGUGUAAAACUUGAGGCAUUCACAAGAGGUGAAAACUUGUCAGAAUAUAUAAAAGCUUAGAUUGUAGCUGUUCUAAAAACGUAAGUACUCCAUUGUAAUAGAGUGGCAUCUUCAGGUAGUGCACGCAUUGGCAAUAGAGGUCCUGAAUUGUUUUUCUGAGACUGAUCUGAGAGCCAUUGGGCCAUCAAGCCUUUAUAUAUCUGCUUCUAAAAUUGCCCCACCUGCUCUAGAUGGAUCUGUGGCCUUUCCUCAGUGUUCAUGCAAAAAUUAAAUGUCUUUUUUCAGUCAUACUGACUCCAGGUGUAGUUACAUCUCAGUGCUGUCUUGAGUAUACAUUUUAUCUCUUAUACCUGUAUCUCCCAACUAGAAACAGCUCCAGUGUUUUUAAGAGAAUGUUUCUUAAAACCAGUAGGAAACUUAAGCGAGGUUUCAUGACACACAACCUUUCAUGUCGUGAAAGGCAGAGGGUGACUGUGUGAUGUGCAAAGUCCUCGGACAGGAGUCCGGGGCUCCUCUGUCCCACUGCUGCUUCUUGAGUGGGUGGAGUGGUGCUUAGAGGAUCUCCGAGAGGUCCCCGCAGCUCUAGGGAGAUCUGAUUUUGCGUUUUUUGUUUCAUUACUUCACACAGAAGCCUAGGUAGAUUUAAAAUGGGGUGCUCAGGGACUGGGGAACAAGAUGGGGGUGGGGUGGGGAGAUGGGCAUUUGGAGAGUUUCAUGUAGCUGGAGACGUUAAGAGCUGAGCACACCACAGGAAAGGAGGGAGGAUGCUGUGUGAGAGCCAUGCUGUCAAGAGCAAGCUUGCUGCUGCUGUGCUGCCCUGGCCCUGGCCUUGCCCACGGUUUGUGCCCAGAGGUGUGUGUGAGGCUGCCAGAACAAGUGCUGAGUCUGUCACAGAGAUGUUUAAAAAAGAAAACGAAGAUUAUAAAUUAGCAUCUAGUUCCAAAACCAAAAAAAGUGCCUGUGGAUAUAUAUAAAAUUAAGAUGAUAAGAAAGUGCUCCUGAGAAGGCUCUUGCCAGAAGCCUGAUGUGAGUGGGUGGCACCUGUGGUGGCAGGGCUGCAAGCUGGGCUUCUGUCCUCCUCUGUGUCCCGGCAUGGAAGCCAGUAUAAGCAUUUCCAAAUGAGGGAAAAGUCCUUGGGUCCUUGGCUCGUUUGAUCCAGUUGAGUUGAAAGGGUUGCCUUGGCGCCAGAGGCUCCUCUGAUGGCCGUGACAUCAGUCACUGCGUCUGGGCCUCAGAUGUGCCUGGAGGGCUGUAAAGCCACGGAUUCCCCUCGCUGGAGAGGCUCCUGUCUGAUAGCGGUAGAUGAAAAAUAAGGUUGUUAUGACUUUGGCAACCUUGCUUCAUUUCUUUUUCAUUUGACUUAUAACACACUUCUCUAACAUCUAGCCCUUUUAAAUUUUUAAUUAAUUUCAAAGGUUCAUCUGGCCAGGUAGACUUUUGUAUACAGACCAGGUGAGAGCCCUUUUGACUUAGUGUGAAAAUAUAACAUUUUAUGCUUUUAAAAUCAAUAGAUUGAUCACUUUAGUUUUAAAAAAAAAUCUAUAAACAGUAAUUGCUGAGGUUUGUGGUUUAUCUUUGAGAUUGUAAAGCUAAAUUACAGUCUUUUGCCAGAGAAACUGAGGUAACUGUCAUUAGAAAAGGUUUCUCAAAAUACUCGCAAAGCUGUUAUUGGCUUCUUAACUUCUAAAAUUUGGGGGGUCUUGCAUUUAUUUAUUUAUUUAUUUAAUUAUUAUUUAUUUAUUUAGAGACAGAGUCUCACUCUGUCGCCUAGGCUGGAGUGCAGUAAGUGGCACAAUCUUGGCUCACUGCAACCUCCGCCUUCUUGGUUCCAGGAAUUCUUCUGCCUCAGCCUCCCGAGUAGCUGGGACUACAGGCGGCCGCCACCACACCUGGCUUUUUUUUUUUGUAUUUUUAGUAGAGACAGGGUUUCGCCAUAUUUGCCAGGCUGGUCUUGAACUCCUGACCUCGUGAUCCACUCGCCUCACCCUCCAAAAAUGCUGGGAUUACAGGCGUAAGCCACCGCACCUGGUGGGUCUUGCUUAUUUUAAAAGAAAUAUUCUGAUUCAUAUUUUAGGACUUUUUGUCAACGAAAUUGGUUUUGAUUCCUUUGGGUACCAUUUUUAUUGUUUUACCUAGAAUGUUAGAAAUUACCACUAAUUUACCUGGCAGUGAUGUCAAAUUGACUGUAAUUAGCAGGUAGAAAAUUAUUUGUAUUAUAUUCAUCUGAUUCCUGUACUGGAUGAGCAAGGGGCAUGCUUCCUAUGGGACAUUCUCACAGCAGGGUGUCUCUCCAACAGCCCGACAGUCCUAGUCUUUUUGGUUGGAUACCUUUGAGCUCCAUGGUUACGUGUCAGGUCCACAUUUAUGUUUUUUUCUAGCCUACCUGUAGUUGUUGGCCUUUUUGCAUAUGACUCUCGGGUAAUAUUUUGAUGCAUGCUGACCAUCCAGGCAUAUAGUAUUUUCAAGAAAUGACUGAGGUAGGGGUGGGGGUCCUGGUCUGGCUGAUGGGGGAUUUGCUCAGCACUGUGCUAGUGGAAGCAGGUGUAUUGUGGGCAGUUUUGUCGUUGUCCUCAAGUCCUUUACAGACAGUGCACGGCCUGCUGCCUGCAGUCGGCCAGACCAGGCUCCUCCCCAGCACACUCCCUGUGGGAUGGCCACUGCUCAGGACACAGUGGGACAAAGUUGGGUUGAUAGGAUAUUUUCGAUUCAUUUUACCUUUGACAAGGGCAGGCCUUGAAUUGGGAGCAGCAGCCACCUGGCCUCACUCUGGCCACAGGUGACACUUGGUCCUUGCUGCCACCUGCUUGGGGCUAUGUGGCUACGGCUACACAAAAGCCUGUGCAGGUUAGAAGAUGACUGUGGCAUGCAGUGGUGCUCUGUGAAUGGAGGCUUCCUCUGUUCUCAGAGACUCACCCCCAGCCCUGACCCUAGAAUUUAGGGAUAGCCAGGAAGUUUCUAGUUUGUGUAACCUAGAAGGGUCAUUUUAAUAAAAAUUGUUAUGAACUAUAGUAUUUUAGAUGAUGAGUGACUUAUUUUAAUUCCACUUUAACAUUUUACUCUGCUGUUAAUUUAGAAGACCUGUUUGAGAUUAGUCUUGAUUUCACACUCAUUUAAUCUGCUGAGCACAGGGCUGUUGUCAUUUGUAAACACUGUGGAAGUACUUCUCGCCAUCAACUUCCUUCUUUACAAAACCAUCACUUCAACAUGAAAAUUAUGUCAGUUUAUAGAAAUAUUUAUUGUUCAAGGUCUGUAAUUGUAUUUCAAAAACGAUGUCGUAUUCAAGUUGUGAAGGGAUUUGUUUUGUCAAAAAAUUAAAAACUCAAUGUGUAUGACGCCACUCUGAAGAAUAGGGGAGCGCUUUGCAGUCACAGAAGGUGGCAUCUGACUGCGGCUCAUACAGGUCACCCUGAAGGGCCACGUGCUUUUUAGCAGUUGGCUGGAACGUGUUCACUAGGCUCCAUUAUGUUUGGUAAUAUCAUCUUGAAAAGUCCCUGUAAUAGAUCAAGGAGACUGCAUUCCCUGCCCUGAAGGAAUGUAUUUCUAAGGCAAAUAGGCAACUUGGUACUAUCUUAUUCUGAGUAGAGAGUGGAGAAAGAAUUUUCAGACUGAAGAAAACUUUGAAAAGUCAGGAGCUAAGCUGCUCGGAGCUCAGUGCCGCAGCAUGGCUGUGGUGGACGCGGGAAGCAACGGGAAAGUUCUUGACAGAGUCUGUGUGCGCUCAGUCCCUGCACUUUUCCUUUCCAAAUGCAUCCCGUUGGAUAUGGAAUAGAUCGUAGAUGUUGUAGACUGAGAUUUGGGACUGUGUUGGGACCAUACAGGUGAAUGUGCCACCUCCACAAAUGGCUUCUCCGAGUGAGUCACGUCACCUGGUGCGUGGAGGUGGAGCCUGCGGCUGGAGUAAGGCUCGCUGUGGGACGCCCUCGUACUUUGCUCUCCUUGCGGGUGGUUGCCGAGCCAAGAGCAUUGGAUCCUCCCCGACUGUGGCUAGUUGUCUGUCCAGUGGCUGGGAGGGGGUGUGGUGGGAAAAAGUCGGAAUCUCUGCAAUCUGUGUCAUGGACUGUACUAUUGUAAGGUCUAUAUUCUGUAUGUGGGUCCCAGACCCUGAUCAGGAAAUGAGCCUCAUGUGUGUCGUUAACAUUUAUAUAUUUCCAUUCAAAAUAUGUAUUCAGUGUUUAUUUCCUCAAAACAGACUUUGUUAAUGUAGGAAAUCUCUCCAAGUGGAAACGUGCUAACUUUUUCUGUAAAUCUGAAAUAAAAGGUGCUGUUCCUUCCUCUGA